GUCCUCACCUUGCCCACGGGCAUGUCGGUGCCGCAGCUGCCAAACCCCAGUGGGGUUAGGGCGAGCGGGUCCACUGCGGGGAUCGGCAUUGGCUCCCUGAAGCCGGCGGCCGGCUUCGAGUGCUCGGGGGAAAAGAUCCUCCAGGAUGCCAUUCUCGAGAGGAUCCAAAGGACGGGCGCCAGCUUCACCCCUGAGGCGGUCGCCAGGCUCCUGGCGUAUGACCUGAACUCUGUGUCCUGCCAGAUCCUCGAGCUAUGGCAGCAGCUGCUGAACAUGCUCUCCUUCGGGUACCGGGAGAUCGCCUCGAUGCUGCGCACCCAGUGGGAGGAGCGGAUCAUCGACCAGUGGUCCGUGUCCAUUGUGCGAGAGAAGAUGAGCCCAAACUUGGCGGAGCCGGAGAACAAAGCCAUAGGCGAGGCGCACAACGCGGCAUCGGAGAACUUGCGGCGCACCGUGAAGCCGCGAGUGCCGGAGUUGGCCUCCAUCGAGGACACCAGUCUCCUGCCGCCCAUAGAGCAGCGGCCGGUGCUCUUCGACCAGCGCUGCGGCGGUCUGGGCACGGACCUCACGGCCUCAGCGCCGCACCCGAGUUUGUGGGAGCCGCGGGUGCCCUCGGCCCCGAAGCAGUACCGCGGCGUGCACCUCUUUGUGCUGUGCCACGGCUUCCAGGGGAACUCCUUUGACAUGCGCCUCAUGAAGAACAACAUCGCCCUGCUGUACCCGGACGCCAUCUUCCUCUGCUCGCAGUCCAACGAGGACAACACGGAGGGUGACUUCGAAGAGAUGGGCAUUCGAUUGGCGCAGGAGGUGGCCAACUUCAUCUGCGACUGGUGCCCGGGUUCUGCACUGGGCCGUCUGAGCUUCAUCGCCCACUCCAUCGGCGGCCUGAUCGUGCGCUCGGCGAUCCCUCACCUUCAGGACUUCAAGGACAAGAUGUUCACGAUCUUGACCUUCUCCUCCCCGCACGCGGGUUACUUCAUGAAGAACAUCAGCCUCUUCCAUUUGGGCCUGAAGGUGCUGCAGAGCUGGCGGGGCUCCCAGUGCCUCACCCAGCUCUCCAUGGCCGACGCGGAGGACCCACGGCAGACCAUGAUCUACAAGCUGAGCCAAACUCCCGGCUUCGAGUACUUCCAGAACGUGGUGCUGGUCUCCUGCCCCAGCGACAGCUACGGGCCCUUCGACUCCGCGAGGGUCCAGAUCGGCAGCAUGCUGGGCAUGCACACGGCGCAGGAGGCCUACGCUGAGAUCGUGCAGAACCUCUGGAAAAACGUGAAGCCUGAGAGGGUCUUCAGAUUCGACGUGAACUUCCACAUCCCGGAGAACAACCUCGACACCUUCAUCGGACGAGCUGCGCACAUCCAAUUCCUGGAGUGCCAGCCUGUGAUGAGGAUGAUUAUCCACAACUUCAGCUUCCUGUUCCGCUGAUCGGGCCGCGGGUUUCAGGGCAUCCAGGCCUGCCAAAGAAAGGUCCGUGAGAGCCAACUGCGCAUGUUUUUCGCAUGUCUCGAAAUGGUGUGCCGGC